AUGAAGCCCAUCAUGCUCCCAAUGACCAUCCUCCUCCCCUUCGCCCUCACCCUCCCCACCCUGGCAACCGCCAUCCCCGGCCCCGGCUCCGGAAAAGGCGAGCCCAACACGGCCGCCGCCGCCCGGGACACCAACACCAACCCUGCUCCGCCCGGCGACAACAACAACGAGAACAGCGACACCGCCCGCAAGCUGAUCCCACCGGUGAUGAGCCCGCCGCUGUACCCGGUGAUGUACCCGCCCAUGGUGUACCGGCCCAUGCCGGUGGUCCCGCCGAUCAUGGCGCGCGGGGUGGAGGACGACGGCGUGCCUGAGGAGGAGGCCGGGCCGGAUGGACAGGAGGGCAUCAAGGUUCCGGCUGCGGGUGCGGGCGAGCAGGGGUAUGCUGGUGCUGGGUAUGGCGCGUCGGGCCAUGGCUACGGUGGGCCGGGAUAUGGAUAUGGAGUCAUGAAGAUCGAAUCGCCUGCGGUUCCAGCGCAGGGCGUGCUGCCCAGCCAUCCGCAGGUGCGGAAGACGGCAGGAUAA